GCGCCUGUCGAGUCGGGACGGUUCGCGCCUGUCGAGUCGGGACGGUUCGCGCCUGUCACAGUCUUGCCGUGUGCAGACACGAGAAAAGCAGGUCUUGGCACCGACCAUGAGACACCCAGUACAAGUACACAGCAUUUGAACCUUGCUGCGGCGACGAAAUAACAGGGUAUUCAAACUAGAAUUAAACCUCAACUUAUGGUAAAACUUGAGCCGUCAUAACAAACAACAUUAAAUGCACUGAAAUAGGUGACGCGAUGGGACUCUCAAAACUAAACAUGACCCGCAGCCAGAGCCGUGAACCAAACAUGAUCCGCAGCCAGAGCCGUUCUCUAGAUAAGCAACCAAAACAUCAAGCGAGUGAAGAGAAGCGAGUGAAGAGAAGCGAAUGAAGAGAAGCGAGUGAAGAGAAGCGGGUGAAGAGACAAAGUAAAGCGAACGCAGAGAGACGACGAGAAAUCGCGCUUGUUCGCCCCCCACAACGACACUAUGUGGGCAGCGAGAGAAUAAUCAAUGGGAUACUCUGCGGCGUCGUACCGUCCGCCGGGCGCAGCCUGGGAUCUCCCGUAACCCCGUCUUUGGAUCUGUCGUGGUUGUCCGUGGUCGCCUUGCGUUUUGGCGGCGGACGGGAGGUCAGCAGCCCCUCUUGCGGCUCCGGGCUGCCACUAUAUUCCGACUCUGGGGGUGUCACGAUGCCCUGGACGUUCUUGUACGCCGUCGGCUUAGUAGGGGCUGCUGUCGUGGCGGUCCUUGUUAUUACUGCAGGAUUGGCAGCAGCUACAGGCAACUGCUUGAAGGGCGUCGCUACCACUGUAUGGGGGGAUCUUGGCGGCGCGGGUCUGGCCUUUGUGCUGGCCGGUUCUGUGCUCGUUUGAUUGGUGUG